CGCCCUACGAUUUACCGAUUUCUCUCUGACAGAGAAUUUGGCACAUCUCUUCAAUCUCGUCACUCAUUGUCAGUCAUUCCUUUUAAAUCGCGAUGGUACGCGUUGCUCUUCUAGUGACCGUUCUGGCGGCCCUGUGUUACACGAGCCAGGUUAUCCCGACUCAAGUUAGAAAUACGGAAUUUGAAUUGCGCAAGGGAAUCUCCGAUCAGAUACAACAAAUACUUGACCUUAUUCCUAAGGAAGUGCAAGACAAAAUUGAGGCUUUAAAGAACAAAUUCACGGAAAGUUUCCAACAAUUCGCCAACGAAGCCGAGAAAGGGAAAACGACCGCCAUAAACGUAUUCGAGAAAGCUAAAGAAAAUGCCAAGAAACUGUUACAAGAGGGAAAGAAAAAUGUAAACCAAGUUCUCGAAAAGCUCAAGAAUGUGGAACAAGAAAUCGUGACAAAUUAUCAGUAUACGCUGAAUGAUGGAAUUCAGAACAUUAAGGACACCCUUGGGAAGUUGAUUAAGGAGGAAUUGAAACAGAAACUCCAAGACAAAUUGACAGAAAGCUUGAAGAAGAUUAUGAAUUAUGCCAAUGAGGUCGUCAAGAAAUUUGAAGGAAAUGCAAACGAAAUCCUGGAGAAGAAUGAUAAAGUGAAAGAGUUGAAAAACAUUCUGGAUAAAUCCGUUGACAAAUUAACAGAAGCAAUAAAGAAUGUCAAAGACGAAGCCGGUAAGGUAAAGAGAUCGGUCAGCGAUGUUAUAAUAACGACGGAUAGACAACAGGCAAAAGGCAUAUUCGGAGGGCUCUUUGACGUGGGCAAAAACUUGGUGGAGGGCGGAAAAAAGGGAGCGAGAGAUAUGAUAGGCGGUGGACUAGAUCAUACCAAGGACAUCGUAGAUGACAUCCACAAGUUUCUGGAUACCGUAUUGGCACCAGGACAGGGGAUGGAAGAAACACAUGUUGAAGACAGUACUAAAGAAGAAAAUAAUGAAGACGAAUAA